AUGGCAGACAUAGAGGAAAUGGACAUAUGCAUCAAAAUUGGGAGAAGUCAAACCAACAACUUAAGAUAUGCUGAUGAUACCAUGCUCAUUACUGAUAACAGGGAAGAUCUUGAAAGAUUAGUAAUUAAAAUAGCAGAAGAGAGCAGGAAAGCAGGACUAAAACUAAAUUUAAAGGAAACAACAUUUAUGUCAACUGGUGAAAAAGGAAGUCUGGACAUCUUGGUAGAAGUGGUAUACGUGGCAGAUGAAGUUGAAUACUUAGGAAUUACAAUAACAAGCUUUGGACACUUGAAUUACAGAGACGACAAUUAUAGUUUUGUAAACAUAAUACUGAUUGAACGAAAGGUUAAACGUUAA